AUGGCUGCCAUCCUUGCUGGGACACUUCCGUGGCAUGAUGGCGAGAGGAAGAUGCACACUUUGCUCCGAGUUCCGGUUAAACCCAAUCCAAAUGUCCCUUAUCUCUAUCCUGGAGCCGCAUUCCAGGUACAGAGGUCUCCUUUAAUGGCCUUGAGCACUAUAGAUCAGGAAGGCCGACCAUGGGCAACUGUGUGGGGAGGAGAGCCUGGCUUUGCCGCUCCUGCUUCGCAGUCUACUGUCGAAAUUAAAACUCCAGUGGAUAGUCGAUAUGAUCCUGUCGCAGAGUUGCUACUAAGCGGCUCCACGAAUGAGGGCAGUGUUUCCGCAGAGACCGCGGGCCAGCCUGUCUCCGGGUUGGCGAUCGAUCUGGAGAAUCGUAAAAGGACGAAACUUUACGGAAGGAAGAUUGCUGGAUCACUGGAAGCUGAUAGUGGGAUGGCGCAGCUGUCUGUGUUCAUCCAGGGAUGUCUCGGCAAUUGUCCCAAAUACCUGAAUAAGAAGAAGAUAAUUCCAGCUUUGCCUGACCCGAAACUGAUUACUGACGACCCCCAGCUACCACCAGCUGCAGUUGAACUACUCGGCCGAGCGGACUGCCUGUUUGUCGCCUCGACUCAUGGUACUGAGGACAUGGACACCAAUAUCCGCGGUGGGCCUCCAGGCUUUGUACGACUCAUGAGCAACGGACCUAACGGUUCUGUUUUCGUAUACCCUGAAUAUUCUGGCAAUAGAUUGUACCAGACGCUGGGAAACUUCCAGACAACUCCUCUGGCAGGGUACGUUUUCCCAGACUUUGACACAGGAGACGCGCUCUAUGUCACAGGAAGAACCCAGGUCUUGAUUGGCAAAGACGCGGCUGCUCUGCUUCCACGAUCAAAUCUAGCUGUCAAAGUGACCGUCACCUCGGCUCGGUUCGUCGAAAAAUCACUCGCCUUCAGAGGAAUUGCAGGCGAGCCCUCUCCAUACAACCCAAGCGUACGUUACCUGGCAACCGAAAGGGUCAAUCGGGUCGCUCAGUUUAAUGACGAUGUUUCCGUUACUGCUACCAUGAUCGCAAAGAAGAUUCUUACUCCGACCAUCGGUCUGUUUCGAUUUCGAAUCUCAGAUCCAUCCAAAAUCGGGACCUGGGCUCCCGGCCAGUAUGCCACCUUCUCGUUUCAGGAGGAGUUGGACCUGGGCUAUUCCCAUAUGCUCGAUGACGAUCCUUUGAGUCUGAAUGAUGAUUAUGUCAGGACAUUCACUAUUUCAUCGUAUCCAGGGCAUGGACUGCCAGCGGAUGAAUUUGAAAUCACAGUUCGCAAGCAUGGCAACGUAACCAGCCACCUCUUCAGGACUAAUGAGCGCGCCGGUUUAGAGGUACCUCUCAAAGGCUUCGGUGGCGAGUUUAGGCUAGACGAUCAAGGAGGUGACUGCACAAUCCCAGUUAUAGCGGGCGGAAUUGGUAUCACGCCCAUUAUUGCACAGCUGCCAGGCAUCGAGGUUUCGCGCCUACACCUCCUGUGGUCCAUUUCUAUGACCGAUGUGGGCCUUGUCUUCGACACAUUCCAGCGCUUCCCCCAACUGCCAGGCUCAACCACUCUAUUCCUCACAGGAUCUAAGCCAGAAGAUGAUCAGGGGUCUCAGCAACUUGGAGCCAUUAUAUCAUCCGGGGCGAGAAUCGAGCAUCGUAGGAUGGAGGCCCGAGACUUGGAUACGUCCUUGGGGGAUGCCUGGUAUUUCUGUGGGAGUCCAACACUCAAGGGCUCUGUCAUGACUUGGCUCGCUGGGAAACGAGUUAUCUAUGAGGAUUUCACUUACUAG